AUGAGAGAUACACGUGAAGCGGUGAACCAGCUAUGUUCAAGGUUGGAAGAGUCAACCAAGAUCAAGAGGAAUGGUAAGUGUAAAAAGUUUACAAACUUUGUUCAUAAUACCAAAAUUGCCAUUGAUUCAUGGAAAUUUCAGGAUUUCGAUUAUGGCAAGGAAGAUGUCAACUUACCUGUACAGGCGAGAGGGUUCUUUACAUUAAACAAUGAAGCCAUAGUUGUUCGCGGCUACGACAAGUUCUUCAAUGUUGGUGAGAAGCCAUUCACUAAAGAGAAGUAUUUACUUGAAAAGACAAAGGGUCCCUACGAUGUAACUCUAAAGGAAAAUGGCUGUAUCAUAUUUAUUAGCGGCUUAUCCAGUGGUGAUAUAGUUGUUUGCUCGAAGCACUCUACUGGCCAGAGGGAAGGAACUGAGAGAAACCAUGCUCUUGAAGGAGAAAUGCAGCUUCGCAAACAAUUGGGAGACGAAGGCGUUAAACAGUUGGCACAAUACUUAUACCUGCAUAAUUUAACUGCAAUUGCCGAACUAUGCGACGAUGAGUUUGAAGAGCAUGUUUUGGCAUAUCCAAGGGAUAAAGCUGGGUUGUAUCUACAUGGAUUGAACUACAAUUCUAUUAAAUUUCAAACUCUUGCGAUAUCAGAAGUUGUUGAGUUUGCUCGUGAGUGGGGGUUCAAAGUUAUCGAUUAUUUACAAAUUGAGGACGCUAAUGAACUAUUCCGCUUCUUACACGAGUGUGGGAAAACAGGAACAUACAGGGGAAGAGAAAUAGAAGGAUUUGUAAUGAGGUGCAAAAUGAAUCAGGAUGAUGAUUUUUUUUUCAAGUACAAAUUUGAAGAGCCAUACUUGUUGUACAGGCAGUUUCGUGAAGGUACAAGACAACUACUAAAUGGUUCGCCAAUACUUUCAAUAAAGAUGAAAAAGAAUAAAUUUAUAACGAAAAAGUAUCUUGAAUUUGCCGCAAAACUAUUUGAAGAACAACCAGACUUGAAAGAACGGUACAGACGGGGAUUUGGGAUCAUCCAUGUACGACAACUCUUCUUGGAACAUUUACAAGAAACCAAUGGGAUGAAUUUACUCUCAUUAGAUGCAAAAUUGAGUGAGGAAAUGGGUAAAUUGAGUAUCAUGCUGAUGCUGCUGCUGCUGCUGCUGCUGCCGGAGGAAACCAUCAAAUAUGUGUUUGUUCCAAUUGCAACAAUAGGAUGCGGAAAGACUACAGUUUUUAAUACUUUGAGCUUGCUAUUUCCUGACUGGGUGCAUAUCCAGAAUGACAAUAUUUCACGAAAGUCAAAGUUGAAAAUUACUGAUCAAACUUUAAAAGCAUUAGAAGUCCACUCAGUGGUGUUAUUUGAUAGAAACAAUUCAUUGUACAGGGAAAGGAAGCAGAUAUUCACAACCGUGGCUGAAAAGAGGAAACAGCAUUUGGAUGAUUUUAUAGAUAUCAAAUUUAUUGGGCUAAAUUUUGUCCAUGAUAUCAGCGAACAGCAACUUUGGGAUAUUACUUUUGAAAGGGUUGAAAAAAGAGGUGAUAACCAUCAACUGAUAAAAUCCAAUAAGGACAAGGAGCUAGCCACCAAGGUUAUGCAAGGGUUUAUUGACCGGUUCCAGCCUGUAAAUACUGAGAAACAACCUGAUUGUCAAUUUGACCACGUUAUCAACUUGAAACUCACCAAAAGCGAUUCAUCUUUGGAGAAUGUCGAGAUCAUCAUUAACGAUAUUAUGGAAAAUUUCCCCAAGCUAAUCCCAACAAAGCCAUCAGAGGAAGUGAUUGAAGAGAUGUUCAAGACUAGCUUAGAGUAUAAGCCUACAUUUUUUAAAGAUAUGACUGUGAAGAAGCCAAAAAAACCAUUAUAUUAUGGGAUUGGUAUACAUUACGAGCACAUCAUAGAGUGUUUGGAGUUGAUUGCUGAAAAUGAAGAGUACUUGAGAUUGCAAAAAGAGAAAUUUGUACAAGAUGAGUUCCAUAUUACAUUGGGCCAUGUCUCUAACACCAAAACGAACAAUAAAGCUAAAGCCAAAUGGACAAAGUUAGUAGAGACAUUAGGCUUGGGUGAUACCGAAGCUGGGAAGAAUUAUUUAAGUUUUUUCAGCAAUGUGAGAUUACUACAAGUAGUGAUAAAUAAGGGCAAGCUAAUUUGUAUAAAAUGCGAGCUAUUAUUGACCACCGAUGCCAACAAGACAAAGGUUGACAUUGAUCCAAUAAAUGAGCAUCUACAUAUUACUGUUGGCUGUUUCCCACCUACAACGGCAGUUGAUUCCAACGCAACAUUACAGGCAUUGUACAAGGAUAGUAAGGAGUUGAAAAGGGACGGAGUUUAUGAUCUCGAUAACGAUACAAUAGAAGUGAGAAACUUUCAAGCCGCCAUACCACUCACUCAUCAACAAAUAUUUGCAUUUUUCUAA